CCGGGCGGAAGUGUGGCGGCGAUACGGAAGUUGGGUACGGGCGAGGGGUCCGUGGACAUGUCGGCUUCCCUGCUGCGGCGGGGGUUGGAGCUGCUGGAGGCGCCGGGCCAGAGAAAGGCCCUGCCGGGUCUCCAGCGGGGGCGGGAGGGCCCUAAGGCGGUGGGAGCUGCGAGGCGGAGGAGGGCGGCGGCGGAGUCCGGCAGGAACAGGACCACGGUCAAGGGUAGAGUCGUGAAGUCGGCGAUAGAGGAGUACCACAAGAAGAAGCCUGUGAAUCACCUGAAAACAAACCUGAAGUACAUGUUGAAGGGACGAGUUGUUGCAAACAAAGCCAUCACAGAACAAGUUCUUGCUCAGAACAGAGGCAGGAAGUCCAAAGAUCAGCCUCCAAAGAAGGUGGCAAAGAAGAAGCCAGAGGGCACUGUCUUCACUGAGGAAGAUUUCCGUAAAUUUGAACGAGAAUACUUUGGGAGACCGUAAAAAAUGUGACAGGGAUUCUCUUAGUUCAGAUCUGCAGCUGAGUGCUCAGCACACAGGACUGGCCAUUUCUUGCUUGUAUUUGAGAUGGGACAUGGGAGAUGUAUCUCUAUCUCUGUCAGAAAGUGUUUUGAUGUCACACUUGCAGAGAAACUCCACAUCUGUGAUGAACUUGUUACUGGCCGGAUAGAGCCAUGAAGGUUCUCUCGGCUCCAAGAUGUGCUGCCCUUAUCAUCUGCAGCCAACUUGUCUCACAUUCUUGAUGUAGAAGGGUGGACUAAGCCAAACUGAAAACUUGUUCCCCUUCCUCAAGAUGUCAGGCUCCUGAUGCCUGUAUUAUUUGGCAGGGAGCUUUAAAGUACAGUCUCUGAAUGGAGAAAUGUUUUGGUCUGGCAGUAAUAAAGCCUCAGAAGGGAAGGGUGCUUUCAGAGAACAUGAAACCAGAGUAGCCCUGCAGUUUCUGUUUUUAUUACAGCUUCUGUCAGGUUUUUCAGUCAUUGCAAAAACUUUGUAUAUAUAAUUUGAUUAAAUAAUUGUUGCAGA